AUGACGUCACAUUAUCCCCCUCCCCAUGGCACGAAUCAACGGCUGAUCGAGGUCUCCAUUGAACUCCACUUUAUUGUAACCUUUUUUUUCGCUGUCUCCGACUUUUUCCCCAGCCUUGACACCACGAGGCACAUGCUGGUCGCUGCCACGCGAUAUAGCAGUAAUCGCAGAGUGGCCGGUUUGCCUCCUGCGGAAGGUCCGGCCGCCAAAGGGUCUCUGCACAUGUAUACUCAUCUUGCUACAUGUUCUGAAUAA